AUGAAGAUUUGCGUGACAACCGCUCUUUCAAUCGCACUCCUUCUGGGUAACUCUGUCAAGCUCCGAGCUUCCGUUACUGGGCCGGUUCCCUUGGACGGUGAUGGUCCUGCGUCUCAGGUGUGUCAGCAGUGCUGCCAGGGACUUGCUGCCAUACCCGGCAUACCAGGUCUGCCUGGACCAGCAGGCCAGAUGGGGCCGUACGGUCAGCCGGGGUCAAAGGGCGUUGCAGGUCAACAAGGUCAAAAGGGUGAGAUUGGCCCUAUGGGUGAGCGGGGAGCGCCUGGGAACAUUGGGUCUAAAGGUGACGAUGGGAUUGGCCUACCUGGAAAGAUAGGUCCGAGAGGUCCCCCUGGUUUAGUUGGAACAACCGGGGAAACUGGUUUCAAAGGUCAGAAGGGUGAGCCAGGGGAGACACCAGACGACUCCAACGAGCGGGUAGCAUUUACCGUGGUGAGGACGAGCGCCUCGGAUACCUCUACGAGUCACGACACCCGUUUACCAUUCCAGGAGACCGAGACGCUUUUGCCGGGUACCAGCUUCGAUCUCGAGACUGGCACAUUUACCUGUACUGUGCCGGGCACCUACGUGUUCAUGUUUUCUAUGUGCAAACUUAAUGACGCGACAAUUGCACACAUUCAUCUUCGAAAAAAUAACGACUGGGUUGCCUCUGGCCAAAGCUAUGAUAGAAGUCACCAUGAGCAAAUGUCUGGAAGCGCGGUGUUGGUUCUGCAGCGAGCAGACACGGUGUAUCUGACUAUAUACGGUAGGGUGCUUGGUGGAUUCACCAAGCACUACACCUCAUUCAGUGGCUUCCUCCUUUACCCCGAAUAGACUAACAUUAACCACGCAUACAAUUAUGCAGGGAAUCACACGCAUUGCCGAAUUUUCAAUCGCUCCAAGUAAUUGUAAAAUAGAAAUUUCGAUAUAACAUAAAUUAGUUUACAUGCAUAUGUAACUGUUGUAACAUAUGUAACAUUUGUACUGUUAUUAGCGCAUUCGUAGAUCCAUUUAACGGCAUUAGAUUCGCGAAGGGUUUUUGGUGCUUAAUUAGCACUGCAAGUCUGUAUGUGUCUUUAAUUAUUUGUUUCAUCAUACCUAUUGGCGGCCAUUCAAACUUUUUAAUGUUUUU